UAUCCGAACGUCUGUCGGAACGCAUCGGACUUUAAAAGUACUUUGUAAAAAAAAGAUUACACGUAUAUACGCACGUUUGUUUAAAUCACAGAUAAUAUGUAAAUGAGUCCCUCCGGCAUACAUGUCAACAAAUCAGUGGUCCUGCUUAUCCUGGCUAUCACGGUCGGGAUCAUCGUAUUCAACAACUACAAAUACUUCAGCACAUUCCUGAUGAAGAAGAAUACAGAUGUCGAGAUGACCAAGAUAUCUCAGGCUGUUCUAGACAAGGCUAAAACUCUAGACGUUGAAACGCACAAAAUAAAGGUGAAGAUAAAAGAUGGACAGAGUGUUGAGAUAGUUUACCGGGAUAUUUUGCCCAAGCUUGGGGGCAGGGAUAUUCUGUUUCUUCAUGGACAAGCAUUCUCUUCUGAAGACUGGGAGAAAACAAACACACUGGCCAUCUUUUCUGCUCUAGGGUACCAACCGGUCGCAGUGGAUUUACCAGAAGGUAAAAGUACGAAAAGUGAGAAGGUUGAUGUCGGAGACAGGGGACUUUUCCUCGAGAAGUUGAUCACUGCUCUGGAUCUGAGAACUCCCGUCAUUGUCAGUCCAUCCAUGAGUGGGAGCUACUCACUGCCCUUCCUCUUCAUGGACCCUGUAAAUAUAUCGAAGCGUUCCGCGGGAUUCGUUCCCAUAGCUCCAGUUCAGACGGAAAGUUACUCGCCAGAGAAGUACAAGAGUCUAAAUAUUCCAACAGCUAUUGUGUAUGGUGAAAAUGAUAAAUCGAUUGGUCCAGCAUCCACAACCAAUUUGAAGAACCUGCCUGACCAUGAACUCCACAUGAUAAAAGGAGCCGGGCACGCUGCAUGGAAAGACAAACCAGAGGAAUUCCAUCUCAUUCUCUAUAAGUUUCUCCUGAAGAAAACUAAGUAGACAUGGUCAUAAAUUUAUUUUGAGAUAUCAAGGACUAUUAGGUAUAAACCAUUUGUGUAAUUUUGUCAUAAGUCUGAUAUUAUGACGCAUCCAGAAUUGUAAGACCAUGUGCAGAUACAGAAAAUUUUCCCAGGAGGGGGAUCUGAGAAAUAGUUCAAUUUGGUUUAAUUUGUAGGGUUGAAAGUGGUAAGGCUAAGGCCUAUUUUAAAUAAGGAAGCUAGAUGGGCAACAACUCAACCAUCAGGUCUGCCUUAAGAUUUCAGAUAUUUUUUGUUUAGCUUUUAUUUAGUAAAGAGAAAUAUCAAUAUAAUUUAUCUUAGAUUUAGGUGGUUUUUCCCUAUAAUUUUAUACAGAGCUCUUUUUUUUUUCUUUUUAAAGAGGAUCAAUACAGUCUAAAAAAGGCCAUGACCAUCGAGUUCUCUUAAUAGGUUAAUAAAUGAUAAGACCCCCUACUUCUAUAUUGGUGCACGAGAACAAAGGUGACAUUGUCUACUUGUCUCAGUAUCUGUAUGUCUGUGUGUGUGUUUACAGCCAGUGGAUGAGCUUAAACAUGUUGAAGCAUGUUAAACAUGGUUAGAAAAAUUAAGAAUAGUGGUUUUUUUGUAUAAUCUGUCAAUGCUUUUCACUCUUAUGAUGUAUAAUACAGCAUUAAAAUGGGGUAACAAUUGAGGUACAUUGCUUAUUAGAUGCAUGUUGUCAUUCAUUUUUUGCCCUUAAAUUUUUAUUUUUGUUUGCAUUGAGAUGUUAUUCUUUCAUUUUUUUAGAUUUAGAUAAUUAUAGAGUUUUCAAUUUUUUCUCUAUAUAAUCCUGUAAUUUAGUCCUUUAAGUCCAUAUCAGUUGAUUAUACUUGAACCUUGUUUUAAAAUCUGAUAGACACUUUUUUUUUUACAUUUCUUUGAAUGUUCAACCAAAGAAAGUGUGAUUUUCCAAUGAAUAUAGGAAAUGUUUUCUUGAAAAUGUUUUUUAAAGUGAACCUCAAAUGAUUGAUUUUAAAACAUAGCAAGUGUGCCAAAAAAUUCCUAAUUUAUAAUAUCCUAAAUAAAGUCCUAAAUUAAAGCCCAGGGAAUAACACUUUAACUGA